AUGUCGCCUGCCCGAAAAGUCCUUAUAACCGGUUGCUCGGAUGGCGGUCUAGGGGCCGCUCUCGCGAUCGCCUUCCAUGAAGCUGGGCUGCAAGUAUACGCUACAGCACGAAACCCUUCGAAAAUGACCGAGAUGACAGCGCAAGGCAUUACGACACUUUGCUUAGACGUACAGUCGGAUAGUUCAAUUGCAGAGUGUCUGAACAAUGUACCGGAACUAGAUAUCCUAGUCAACAAUGCUGGUGGUGGUUACGGUAUGCCAGUGUCCGACCUUUCAAUUCCAGAGGCCAAGAAAAUCUUCGAGUUAAAUGUCUGGUCGCCCUUGGCAGUCACCCAAGCGUUCCUACCGUUGCUGCUGAAAUCAAAGGGAAUGAUUGUCAACAACACGUCAGCUGCCUCCUUAUGUCCAGUGCCUUUCCAGUCUGCAUACAAUGCCUCGAAGGCAGCAAUGGCAGCCUUUUCAGAUGUAGAACGUCUAGAAGUCAAGAUGUUUGGUAUCAGGGUCGUGGACCUCAAAACAGGCAAUGUCCUGUCGAAUUUUCAAAAGAAUCAACGAAAGGAGGACACCGUUUCCUUACCAGCUGGUUCAAUCUAUGAAAGCGCAAAGGGAGUGGUAGAGCGCACCAUUCGGGGAACCAUCUUCGAAGGUUCUGGUAUGCCAUCUGACCAAUGGGCAAAGCUUGUCGUGACGGACCUCCUAAACAGCAGCGCUCCGACUAUUUGGAGGGGCACCCAAGCUUGGCUGGUGCGGAUUGGGAGUAUGCUACCAUUCGGUACAUUUGAUAGCUCUGUCAGGAAGUUGACGGGACUGGAUGAAGUCGAGCGACUAGUGCUGAAGCGAAAUGUAUGA